AUGGAGACCUACUUGGCAGAUCCCAAUCACGUCGUCGUGCUGGAUGGUGGUCUGGCGACGGAACUGGAGACGCGUGGCUGCGAUCUUCUCGAUCCUCUCUGGUCCGGCAAAGCCCUGCUGGAAUCACCGCAGCAGAUCCAGGACGUGGCGCUGGAAUACCUGCGGGCUGGCGCCCGAUGCAUCAUCACAGCUAGCUACCAGAUCACACCACAGAGCCUUAUGGAACACCGCGGGCUCACUGAGGAUGCUGCUGUAGCGGCCAUUGAAGAGUCGGUGCGCAUUGCGCAAACCGUGCGGGAGCGGCACCUGAAGGAGAAACCACAGGCUGCACCAGUUUUCGUAGCCGGCUCCGUCGGCCCGUAUGGUGCCUACCUCUCCGACGGUUCUGAAUACCGCGGCGACUACGUACGCAGUGCGGAGGAGUUUAAGGAAUUCCAUCGCUUGCGCAUUGCAGCACUACUCCGCGCCGGUGCAGACGUGCUCGCCAUCGAAACCCAGCCCUCUGCCGCGGAGGUGCGUGCGAUUGUGGCGCUGCUGCAGGAGGAGCAUCCACACUGCCGGGCGUGGGUCUCCUUCACGACAUCUCGAAUCUCACCUGUGGAGGCGAUCAGCGACGGCACCAAAUGGGCUGAUAUCAUUUCUUUCCUCGAGAAGGCCCCUCAGGUUGUGGCAGUGGGGGUCAACUGCAUCUCUAUGGGCGAAGCCUCUGCCGUGCUGGCCCAUCUGCACACCCUCACCACAAUGCCGCUCGUCGUGUACACGAAUUCGGGUGAGUCCUACGACACAGUCACUAGAACGUGGCACCCCAUAGCAAUGAGCGAUGGCACUACUAUGAGCUUGGCAGCUUUCGCGCCGGAGUGGGCUUCUCACGGUGCUCGGCUUAUUGGCGGUUGCUGCCGCACCGGGCCAUCGGACAUUGCCGGUGCAGCGGCAGCUCUCGGCAGCGCCGAUUUCGUGGUGUAG